UCAUCAAGAGAGAAAAGGAAUUCCAUAUAUCUACCCUCUCACGUAAUCUCUCUAGUUCCUUAAUUUCCUCAAUCACCUUCAAAUUUUCUUUUUAAAUCCUUGGCAGCAUGAAUCCAUCUUCGUCGAAAAGCAAAAGGAAGCAACCGCAACAAGUACAGCAGGAACCGGGAACUGGAUUAAGGUUUCUUGGUGUUAGGAGAAGGCCAUGGGGAAGAUAUGCAGCAGAGAUAAGAGACCCAUCAACAAAAGAAAGGCAUUGGCUAGGCACCUUUGACACUGCUGAGGAAGCUGCCUUGGCCUAUGACAGAGCCGCUCGCUCCAUGCGUGGUUCUCGUGCUCGCACAAACUUUGUUUACUCUGAUAUGCCUGCUGGUUCAUCCGUUACUUCCAUUAUCUCCCCUGAUGACCAGCAAUCUCUACAGCAGCAGCAAUUCCAGCAAAAUAGCGACCAUAAUAACAACCUGUCCUCGUUAUUCUUCAAUGCCCGGCCUCCCUCUCAUGAUCUUCAGCCGGACUCGACUCCCAUUUUCAACCAGGAUUUUAACUCUCAAUGCCAUUUGUCAGACGGGUUUUCUUCAAUGACUUCUGGUGGAGAUUUUUGGUGCUGCUCCAGCACCAGAACUGAAAAUCAACAGCCACAACAUGUUAAUGAUUACAAUGUGCUUCCUCAUGAGUUUCCUUCUCAUAUAUCUCACGACUCGGGUUAUAGUAUGGGUCAGUGUGGUUCGACCGAUUCAUCAUCUUCAAGGCUGAUGGGUUUUGAGGACCAGACAGCAAUGAUUACUGGAUUUGACUCAGUGGGGGGUGGUAGUGGUUCUUAUUUUGGGUUUGAUUCUGGCGAAUACGUUCACAGUCCACUUUUUAGCAGGAUGCCGCCAGUUUCAGAUAUGGCACCAGAUGGUUUUGAUUUGAGCUCCUCCGCUUAUUUCUUCUAACUAGCAGCUGAUUUGGCUUGCUUUCUUGAUCCUGCUCAUUGGUUUCUGAUAAGAAAGAGUCAAAGCAGUUGAAUCUUUCACUCUCUACUAUUUCGGUUUUGCAGGUGCAUUGGCUUCUUGUUCUCAUGGUUUAGCAUGACAUGGAUCCUUUCUUGAUCGAUCAAUGCCAGAGACUUGGCAAUGAAGAAAGGGUAGCGACAGCACGAAGAUUGUUUCUCCGUUAAUCCUGAAACAAAGAAACAAUCAAUUAUCGGGUCUAGGGGUUCAUGGUGUGUAUAUGUAAGGAUUAAGGAAAUCAUUUUGCGUUGCAGAUUAAAAAUUAAGGGCUGCUUGUGGUCCAGAAAUCAGUGAUGAAGUGGGGCUUGGAUUUAA